AAAACCCUCCGCAAACAAAUAUAGCCAAAGCAAAGAACUGGAAAAAGCUCUCUCUCUCUCUCUCUCUCUCUCUCUCCCCUCCCCCUCUCUCUGUGUCUCUGGGUGAAAAAAUAAGGAAAGUUCUUUUCGUGGGUUGGGUUCUUUCUCUCUGUCUCUCUGUUCGUAAUGGAAGCUCCUGACACGACGACUUGCUUUGUUGACGACCUGCUGGACUUCGCGUCGGAUAUAGGCGAGGAAGACGACGACGAGGACAAACCUAGAAAGGCUCCUCCUCCACUUAACCCUCGCGGGCAUGGACCCUUGUCGUUCAACCUUUUGGGCUCGGACGAUCCUGGCCUUCCAUCCUCUGAGGAGCUUGCUGAGGAGGACCUGGAAUGGAUAUCGAACAAAGACGCGUUCCCAGCGGUGGAAACAUUCGUAGAGAUACUCUCGGAGCAUCCGAGGAGCAUAUCCAAGCACCACAGCCCGGUCUCGGUGCUCGAAGGCAGCACCACAAGCAGCCUCACCAACAGCACCACCAAUAGUAGUACACUCGUGAGUUGCUGUGGCAGCCUCAAGUUCCCCGUGCGAGCUCGCAGCAAGCGCCACCAAAAGCGUCGCAGUUACAAGCCGUGCCAGCUGCAGCUAUGGUGGAGCCGACAACAAGCGACUACCAAGAAUGUCAAACCAGUAGCGUCUACGGCGACGAUCGGGAGGAAAUGUCAGCAUUGUGGGUCUGAAAAGACCCCGCAAUGGCGGGCAGGUCCUUUGGGGCCCAAAACCCUGUGUAAUGCUUGUGGGGUGCGAUACAAGUCCGGUAGGCUCGUGCCCGAGUACCGCCCGGCGAGUAGCCCCUCGUUCUCCGCCGAGUUGCAUUCUAAUUCUCACAGGAAGAUACUGGAGAUGAGGAAACAGAAACAUACGGGAAUGGGAAUGGUGGUGACGUCUGUGGAUAAAGGGUAGAGUAGAAUAUCUAAAAAAUUUUACAUUUUAGCGUAGUUAGGAGUUAGGGGUUUGUUAUAAUGGCAGGUUAGGGUGGUUAGUGAAAGGUCAUUUGUUUUAAUCAACGUCUGGUAGGGGGAAUUUUUGACUUUAGUGUGUUUGGUUACGCCAUAGACUAGAAACAGAGGAUAGCGUUCUUUGGUUUCGCCCAAUUUAAUUCUUUGUUUUAUUGCUGUUUGGAUUGGAGAAUCGAGAUAUGGGAGAGAUUAAGGUGAAAGAAAAAAAAAAUUGUGGAAUGCUGCAUUGUGGGGCUUUGGUGAUUUGCUUGGUUGAGACUUGAGAGAAGUGGUAGUUUUGCUCUUCGACUUCUGAAUCCUUUUUUCGCUAAAGACGAUGUACUAGUUUGGCUGUUCUACUUAUUGCUGCAAUCCACAAACUGGUUUUUGUUCUCUCUCA